AUGUUACAUCAACAUCAACACCAUCGUCCAAAUGGGUCAACUACCCUUCCUCGAGGUUUCCGCUUUCAUCACAGUGAAGGAGACGAAGACGGAAACCAACCACAGACACCCGAGCCAUUUAACCCUGCUGGCUUAGAGGAUCCACAAUCUCCACCUCGCCCAAAUCGUUUAAAGGUCAGACGACGAAAUGUUUCCCCCGCUAUCUUUCAAGCACCAACCGAACAUUUUCUCGCUUCUGUUGCAGCUGCAGAUGUCCCAAUCCCUACAAUUGAGGAGCCACGAUUAGCUCCCCACGUAUCGUCAGAUUGCGAUAUGCCAGACCGAGACCCACUUUCAUCUUUCUUGGCUCCGCAUACAUACAAUGCAAGAUUUGCAUCCCCUCCCAGAACUCCAGUACCUUCGGUGGCCAUGGAAGAAACAGACUCUGAACGUCUCGAUUGGACAAUGGGAACAUCGUCGCCAAAUGAUCUGAAAAUUGAACGACCAGCAUCUGCCGCAUCGCAUAGCUCUGAAAAUUCACUUUACAGCGAAGGCCAUCUUUCAAGAUACUCCGAAGAUGGUAGCUGUACUAGUCCCGAGUCCGAUUGCGCGGACCCAUUCUCGUUUCCUUCAUAUUCAAAAGCAAAGGGCAAGAAGCUCAAUGGUGUAGCCACCGAGUCUCACGACACCGUUCUCAAUUCGAAGCUUCGUCGCAAGACUCGAAAGGAUGCUCCUUGGACUUCAGCCAUGACUACACAUCUAUGGUCAAUCUAUCUCCUCUACCUUCAAGAUCCAGUUGUGACCCCUUUUCGGAUUGGAGCUAGCGCCGUGCCUCCUGAGGGCGUUUGUCAUCGUGUUGCUCGACAAGCAAAGAAGAGUUGGAAGGGUCCCAAGGGAAUUCACAGUACCAAAACUUCCAAUCAUACAUCAUGUGCGGAAUCAUUUGAAAACGGCGAUGUCGCAACCCCAACCGAAAGACGAUCACGAUCAUACACACAAUGGCCACACACAAGCUCAGCUACUAGGGCACAUCUUCGUGAACUUUGCAAGACCAAGGAUACUAGCGCCGUCCAGCGACACAUGCAUCUACAAUCGCGAAAUCCUACACCUUUCACACAACAAAAUGCUCGUUCGCGAUACCGAACUCCUGAGCCACAAGGAUCUAUGAGAAUUCCACAAGUGGCUACCCCUGUGUCUUUCAGUACUCAAGAUGUCGCACUAUCGCUAACGAUGAGCACAUCUGAAACGAUGCAACCAAAUGGACCUCUAGCUCAGCUCGCGACCACAAAAGAAUCUGCAUUUGCUAGACCGCGAAAAUCUGCUUGUCAACCUCGGGGCUGGACUAGAUCGCGUGCUACGAAUUUGAGCCUGGAUGACUCGAAAACUCGCAGUCUCGGAUCACCAUUCGUGGCUCGGACUUAUGGACCCAAUUCAACCAUGGAUGGAGCAUUUGAUGAACCUCGUCCUUCCGCUUUUCACGUUUAUUCUGAUACGAUAUCAGGUCCGGUACCUGCUCCUCGUCUUCAAUCACCUCUUCACUUUGAACGUCCCAGAUCUAUCCAUAAUAAGGAACAUAAGAGACGAGUCCAGAAUCAUUUCGAGAAUCUCAAUUCUGGUGGUGCUAUCCUCAAGCCUAAUAGCAUGAAUGAGCAGAUAUACGGCAUUCCUCUAUCGGGCAACCAGCAACGACGAGUACGAACUAGAGCAUUCACCAUUGGUGAUGAUCUUCUUAGGAAUCGUGUACCAGGGUUAUUUCAACCUCUUCCGACAGGACCAGAAAAGACGGGUCUUGUUCCUGAAAUCCGCCCUCCACCAGUAGCCCAGCCAAAGCUACUUCCAUCGGCCACAUUCGAACCUACACGCUUACGAUCGCCUUUCAUGGAGAAACCAAGCAACACAUUUCCUCGAAGACUCUAUCCAGAUGAAAAGGCACCUGUUCGACACUCUGGAGUCGUAACUAUGCAUCAACCGCGUCGUUCGAUCGAUUCUUCUGACUUUGGCGAAAGACCUUCGCUUCAAUCAAGACUCUCUCGACUGGAUUCCAGGCUUGCUGAAAUUAGGGAACGAGAGAACGGGAGUCAAAUUCAAGACCGCCUAUGA